UUUUUAAAACGGAACACACGUGAAGUUUGUGAAAGUGAAAGAAGAAAAUGGACAGACUGUACAGUAAAGAAUUUAUAACGGCAGCAUGCCUGGGUGUAGGAGUUGGAAUCUUUAUAGGAUGGAUCAGCCGUGGAAGAGUCUUGGGAAGGCGGAGAUCGUCAUCUGGAAAUAGUCGAGACAUAGAUUCUGGCGAUCUUAGCGAUAAUAACAUGCUGUCAGAUACUGGCGAGUACAAAUUGAUUGUGGUUGUCAGGACAGAUUUAAAGAUGGGAAAAGGAAAGAUAGCUGCACAGGUUGCACAUGCUGCAGUCCAUGCAUACAACUCCUGUGCUAAACGCCAACCUGAUAUGUUGAAGGAGUGGAAAUAUUCUGGUCAGCCAAAAAUCGUCGUUAAAAUAGACAGUGAGGCAUCACUGUUGGCUGUGGCUUCAAAGGCAAGAUCUGUUGGGCUGAAUGCAAGUGUGAUACGAGACGCAGGAAGGACACAGAUACCAGGAGGGUCGGUCACUGUCUGUGGUGUAGGUCCAGGGCCCAAUGACCUGGUGAGCUCUGUGACGGGACAUCUGAAAUUAUUAUGAUGAUGGAUGUUAUAUAUAACCACAGACUUCCAAUAGACUAUCUUAGGUUAUGGAUAUUAUUACAACUCAGGAGAGAUUUCACAGAUAACAUCAAUAGUGUAUGUUGUAGCACUGCCUGUGGUGAAGCCAUUAAAGUCGGACAUAUUUUAUCUCAUACUACGAUAACAAAGUGAGAGGUGCGUCAGCCAUCUUAUUUAACACAAAUUAAUUAUCAAUAAACUCUAAGAAUUUUUAGGAAUUUCCAUCAGUAAUUCUUUACAAUAUGAAUUUUCAUUUCCAAUAGUUUAUAGAUUUUAUUUUAUUUUUCUUGUAUACAUAAACUAUGGACUUUAGCAGGUUUCAGAAUGUGAGUGAUAAAUAUGUUUAUACCUGUAGGUAUUAUUACAAAUCUGUCUUUAACAUUUCCUAAAAUGUUCAGGUUGAAGAUUAAUAAGUACACAUUUUGAAAUGUGUAUGUUCCAUUUACAUACUAUACUCCAACAUAUAUACUUGAAUGGUGACAUCCGAUAUCAAGAUUUUAUCGAUAUUAUGAAGCUAAAUCUUGUUAUUUUUGUUUAUCAAUUUUACCAUAAUUGGUCCGAAAUGUAAUACCCAGGUGUUUUGAGACAAGUAUUGAGAGAGAUUUGGUUGGGUUUUACCUUCGAUAAUUUGUACAUUAGUUUUAUCAUUCUUAAAGUAAGUGAGCUAUGCUGCUAUCUAUAUAUGGCCAGCACUUGCACUUGUUGUGUGUGUGUAAGUUUAUCUGUGGGGUGCCUGGUUCGGUCCUGUUAUACAAUAGUGUUGUUUUGUGAUGUUUUGUGACUAUACUGCUGUCUAGACAUGGCCAGCACUUCUCGUGUGUUAGUUUAUCUAUGUGGGGUGCCAGGUUUAUAAAACAGUCCUGUUAUACAAAUGUUGUUUUGUGAUGUUGUGUAACUAUGGUGCUCUAUAAAUACCUUGUAAAUUAUUUUGAGCAUUUAGUUAGGAUUUACAUGUUGUAUGUAUGAGUAUCUGUUUAUGAAUGAAUGAAUGGAAUGAUAGAACAUGUACAAGCUAAGAAAGUAAAUAAAUUAUAAAAGGUU